AUGCAAAACCCUAACCCUAAGGAUUCAUUCAGCCGCCACCACCUCCAUUCCACUCACGUCUCCGAUGCGGACCAGGUCACCAUCUAUUGCUAUCGACACCAUGAGCGACAAGGACCAAGCGAGACCGGACUUGGAGUUGUACAUGGCAAAGUGUGGGCUACUAACGAACAGAAUAUCACUGGAGAAAUAAGUUGGGGAGGAGUCCCGAGCAUUGAAGAACGAAGCCAUCGUGCUUCGCCAUCUAUCAAGGCUCGCCACCUUAGAAGCCUUCAUGUUGUGCCGCUACCGUCGAUGGCGGACUCUCAUCGUCACCUGCCGUUGCUAGUCGUUGAUGCUGUCAUUCUAGUGGCCAUCGUGUUCCAGCCGCGACUUGCCAUCACCGCCUAUGCAGCCCUCAUGUCGCUCUGGUUAUUGCUUAGCGUCCCAAGGGACGACUAUGCUUGUAUUUCACAAGGUUGA